UCCGUGGUUGAGUGGUUAGAGCAUCUCGCUCAAAAUCACACGGCCUCUCACCUCUGUCGGCGCGGGUUCGAAUCCCGCUCGCGUCGGUAAGUGAGAAAGUUUCCCAGUUUACUUUCGGUAGGUCGGUGGUCUCUUCUCAGGUACAUUGUAUCUGGGUUUCUCUCUUCCGCCAAUAAAAACUGGGCGCCACCAGAUUAACUAAGAGAUUGGGUGGAAAAUAUCAAUCAAUUUGCUAUUCACUGAGAGGAAUUUCGCAUAAUUUGUUCGUGGUUGAUGAUUUAUUUACGGUGUUAUUUAACAGGUAAAUCUCACUUGCCAAGUCAAGUUGCAGUAGAGAAGGUAUUGUUUUUAGACGAAAAAGUCGUCAUCCAUAAAGACACAACAAAUGACACAAUAAAGAAAUUGAUAGCGAUGGGCGUCCAAAAAUUCAUCCGAGGAGACACGGAGGCUGGAGAGGAUGAACAGAAGUAUUUUCUACGCAUCUCUCAGUAUUUAAGUGGCAGAGUUCCCUUGCCGACUUUUAUUUCACUAUCCAAAGGAGUUACCCACACGGACGCUCUUCACGUAGCUGGCAAGAAUAGAAUUCCAGUCAUCUGUUUCAAGCAAAAAGCCAAGGAUGUGAAAAUUUUAACAAUACAAAGUAUUGAAGAAUUCUACCUUGUUAAGGAGCAUAAGAUCGAGUUGAAGAAUCCAUGGAAGGUCAUUAAGGCAUGUUGGAAAGUAUGUGACGUCGGAUAUUAUGAAACAGAUGACGUCGAACCAGAAAUUAGUACGCUCAGCGAUAUGCCUAAUGAGUUUGACCAUAUGGCUGCGUUGAUUUGCAAUUUCUUGAUUGGAGUCGCUUAA